AUGAACACAAACAAAUGUGUCAAAUCGAAGCAGCUGACCCAAGCGACUGCAAUUUGCCCAGCUGAAUUAAUCGCUUUCUUUCAGAAGUCAUCAUCGCAACGAGAGACGACACAAACACAAUCGAACGGUAAAGACGAAGUGAAGUCACAGUCAGCUAGUGUAAUCAAUUUCUACACAAAGAAUCUGCCAAGAUUGCCAAUAACGAUUCGUCGCAGACGAAAAGUGGUGAACGAAAAUGCAAUUGCAUCAACAAUUGCUGAUGGCAUAUCGUCUGUUUGUCCUGAUUUAUCAAGCACUGCCGUAUGA